AAGGACAAAAUCUCCCCGGUUUGUUUUCUUUUCGCCCCAAUUCAUCUUCCUGUUUCCUGAAUCAGACACCGCCUUCGCACUACCAUUAACACCGCUCCAUCUCAAAAUCCUCUAGUUCAUUCUUUUCGUUAUCAUCAUAAUCAUAAUAUUUAAUAAAUUAAACUUUUUUCUUAUUUUAAUGUCAUCACCACCAUCUCAUCAUCCAAUCUCGAUUAUCGAUGCAAAUUAGUUCAAUUUCUAUAUAGACAAGUCAAUCCGCCGUGUUCCAAUUCAUCCUCCGGAAGAAAGGAUAUUAGGCUUGUCAAUUUGUUGACACGCUGGUUUUUGGGGUUAUUUGAUUGUUUGAGUAUGGCUUCUAGUUCAGGUCUGGUGAUGAAUGAGACUGAUUGUCCUGAUCGGGAAACUGCUGUAGAUGUAAGCUUAGGUAAAAACGGUCAAUGUUCCUUAGAGUGUGGAAAAGAUGAGAAAGAAGAGUGUGGGGAACAUGAUGAGGAUGAGGACGAGGAUGAGGAUUUUGAUUUUAAUCCGUUUUUAAAAGAAAACCUGUCGAUUGAAGCUUCUUCGAGCCUAAGUUCUGAAAUCGAAGGAGUAGAGGCUGAUGUUGUUGAUAGUGGAGAAGGAAAUUCUCCAUUUUCAGUCACUGCAUUGUUGUCAAAGCCAGUAAAUCAAGUGAAAGACUAUGCUGUAGGUGAUAGUGAGAAUGGAAGGGUCGUUACAGUUGCUUCUGAUGAUGCCAGCAAAGUUGGAAGAGUGGGUGUGUCUGCCGAGAAUGAAGCUUUUGUUGAAAAGGAUAGUGUUUUAAGCAAUGGGAAAAAGGUGGUUAAUAAUGUUGUGGGACAUUUAGAUACCAGUGUACAGUCUACAAAUGUCAUAAUGGAUGUAGAUGAUGAGGAUGCUAUAUGUAGGCGUACUAGAGCUCGAUAUUCUCUUGCUAGUUUUACACUUGAUGAACUUGAGACUUUUCUUCAAGAGACUGAUGAUGAGGACGACCUGCCAAAUGUUGAUGAUGAGGCUGAGUACAGAAAGUUUCUUGCAGCCGUUCUACAUGGUGGAGAUGCUGAUCACAUGGCAGAAAAAGAAAAUGAAAAUGUUGAUGAUGAAGAUGAAGAUAAUGAUGCUGACUUCGAGUUGGAAAUCGAAGAGGCACUUGAGAGUGAUGUUGAUGAAAUUUUAAAGUCACCGGCCCAAGUUCGAAACUCUGAGGGAGGUGGUCGGCGGCCUGAAACUAGACAGAAUAAACAGCAGAAAUCUUCUGCUCAGCUAAAAAAGAAAAGUUCCGGGCAUCUGAGUAUGCCACUACGCCCCCUUUUACCUUAUGUACCAGUUUUAUCUUCUACUGCAUUUCAGGAAAACCUGACAAGGCUUGAGAGUGCUUCACAUCGCCAGCCUUCUUCUGCAAUUGAUAGCACGCUGAAUGGAUUUACUCCACAUCAGAUAGGACAAUUGCAUUGUUUAAUACAUGAGCAUGUUCAACUCCUUAUACAGGUGUAUUCUUUAUGUAUAUUUGAGCCUUCUAAGGAGCAUAUUGCUCCUCAAAUACAGGGAAUGAUUUUAGAGAUUCUUAAUAAGCGUAAUCAAGUAUUAAAAUAUAGAACGACACCAUAUCCAAGUUCUUAUUUCUUUCCUCCAUACAUCCGUCCUUCAGUGUCGAAUGAACAUGAGAUUUCUUUACAAACACAAGACACUUCUCCAUCUCCUAUAAAUGCCUCAGAAAGUGACAGCUGUCCUGAAAAUAAUAUAACAUUGCCUCCUCAUAGUGGCAGACAUAAAUCUGUUUCUUGUAGCAAGGAAGGUCAAAUACAAGCCACUGAGGGUCCCAUGUGGAUGCCUUCUAUAAAUGGCCAUGUACUGUCAAUUCUAGAUGUAGCUCCGCUGAAUUUAGCUAAGAGCUAUAUGGAUGAAGUCUCUUCUGCUGUCCAAGAGUAUCAGAGGCGACAUGUUGGAGAUGCUUGCGAUACCCGCUUUGAGAAGGAACCUUUGUUUCUAUUGAAAAAUCUCGACCCUCAUGCUAAUGAAGCUCAGAGAGGUUCUGAAGCUGUAACUGGAAAGCCAUCUUCAGGCAAUGAUCAGGGACUUAAAAAGACACUAGCAAGUACACUUACUGAAAGGAGCAAGAAGCAGUCUGUGGCUCCAGUCCCAAAGCAAAUUGCCAAAUUAGCUCAGAGAUUUUUUUUUCUUUUUAAUCCUGCCUUGUUCCCACAUAAACCCCCCCCUGCCUCUAAUGUGAACCGGGUGCUUUUUACUGAUGCAGAGGAUGUGUUGUUAGCGUCGGGUUUGAUGCAAUAUAAUACGGACUGGAAGGCAAUCCAGCAACGUUUUCUUCCUUCUAAGUCGAAGCAUCAGAUCUUUGUCAGACAGAAAAAUCGUUCCUGUUCUAGAGCACCAGAGAAUCCGAUUAAGGCAGUUCGGAGGCUAAAGAACUCUCCCUUGACUGCAGAGGAGAUAGCUCGUAUACGAGAGGGGUUGGUGGUUUUUAAGAAUGACUUGAUGUCUGUCUGGAAAUUUGUUGUGCCUUAUAGGGAUCCAGUCUUGCUACCUCGACAGUGGCGCGUUGCUACUGGUACACAAAAAUCUUAUAAAGUCGAUGAGCAAAGAAAGAAGAAGAGACGGUUAUAUGAAUCAAAUAGAAGAAAGAGCAAACCAGCAAAUCUUGUAAAAUGGCAUUCUCCAUCUGAAAAAGAGGACUGUAGUGCUGGUGAGGAGAAUAACAGUGGAAAUGAUUGCAUUGACAAUGAAAAUGAAGCUUAUGUCCACGAGGCCUUCUUAGCAGAUUGGAGGCCAGAUACUUCGGGUGUUUCCUUGGAAUUGCCAACCUCAGAUUGUGGGCUAAAAUCCAUACCUUCUUACUUCUCGUCACAGGAGAAUUGCCACACAAAAGAGCAGAAAGGGCAGGGUAAAAGUUGCGGUGUUCGAAAUUUGCAUUGCCAAAUUGGUCAACAGUUUUCAGAGUCCUUAGAGAAUUCUCCGUUCCGUGCAUCAUCUGACGGUACUCGAGCCAACAGUGCAUUAUCCAGUCAUUUGAAUAACCCCUUUUCUGAUGUGCCUUCAAAAUCCUCUGGACCCCAACCUUCUCCAUUAAAAUAUCAAGCACGUAGAUCUAGGACAGCCUGUUUGGUGAAGCUAGCGCCAGGUUUACCUCCUGUUAACCUUCCACCAUCCGUCCGUAUUAUGUCACAAUCGGCCUUUAAAAGCUAUAAGGGUGAUACAUCGAGCAGUGUUUCUACUUCUCAGAAUGGUUAUCCUGGUCCUUCAACACCAAAUACUGUUGGUAAACUUCUUAAGGUUGCCCAGUCAGGGACUGUGGAUGCAAUAAAAUCUGGGCCUACCACUAUUCCUUUGCAGAGUAGUAUAUCUCAUUUGCACCCAAAUGAAUCAGUGCUGAGAAAGAGAGGAACUGUAGAAGAUCAAGAUGGGUCAGAUCUUCACAUGCAUCCUUUGCUAUUUCGGAGCCCCGAAGAUAGGCGUUUGCCGUAUUACCCAUUAAACAGCAGUACUAAUGCAUCUAGUUCUUUCAAUUUUUUUCCAAGAAAUCAGCCUCUGUUGAAUCUCAGUCUUUUUCAUAAUUCUAAACAAGUAAGUUACAUGACUAGUCAAUCUGGGAAGUCUUCAAAUUCGAUGGAAAAAAGGACAUUAUCUUUUGGUAUUGACUUCCACCCACUUCUUCAAAGAUCCAAUGAUGUGGACAGCUCCAUAGUUGCAUGUUCAGUUGCCGAGCAAUCUCACUGUGCAAAAUUGCCUGGAAUCCUGCUUGCUCAAUCCCAGGAGUCCGUUGGUGCUGCAAUCGGUGAUUUUCCAGUUUCUGUCCUAGAUGUACCUUCUAACCCAAGUCAAAAAAUGAAUGAUUUGGAUCUGGAUAUUCACUUAAGUUGUACAUCUACAAAGCAGAUACCUGCAGAAAGCAGGAAUGCUAUUAACGAAAACAUGACAAGAGAAGCAUCGAGUGGUCAUGUUUGUGGAAUAAAAGAUAUUCAAAAUUUCAAUCCAAAGGACCGCACUGGAUCUUCCCCAGAAGCUAUACCUCCUGUGAUUGGCCAAAAUGUUGAUUCAGUUUCCCAUGCAUCACUUCUACACAAUCAAUUUGUAAGUAGCGAGGUCGCAAAUAUUACUCCAAAUCAGUUUGUGCCUGAAAUUGUGAUGGAACAGGAGGAGUUGAGUGAUUCAGAGGAUGAAAUUACAGAGGACGUUGAAUUUGAAUGUGAAGAGAUGACAGACUCGGAAGGAGAAGAGGAAUCUAACUCUGACCAUAUUGACUUCCGAGGCAUAAAGAAUCUCUCUCAUGUUGCGGCGAAUAAAGUUGCCAUGAAUGGUGAAAGCAAUAUUGGACAACUUGAAUCAAGGCCCCCGUAUGAACCUGAUCACAAUGCCAGUUUCAAUUCUGAAGGCAGCAAGCGAACGUUAAAAAUAGAGGACCGAACGAAAUAUAAAGCAACUAGUUCGCUGUGCUUGACUUUGAAAUCUCCACCUGCUUCACAGACUAUGACCCCGAAGCAGCAUGCAGUUGCUAGAAACCCAAGAAGGUCUGCUUGCAAAAACAAAUUGGGCUCUGGUUCGAACAGAUCGUGCAAGGUUACAAGACCAAGCAACAAACAUGUAUCGUCAGCACAUGAUGUAAACACCACUCAACAGCUCAAUAUGGAUUCUAUAGUCAUCCCUGGUAGGAGACCUGGGCAAGGUGCACAUAAUGGUAGUUCCAGUUUACACGUGGAUCAAGAUGGAUAUCGUGGUUCCGUUAUGGCUGUAGACGAUUUUAAUCAUGUAAAUAGGAGGGAUUGUCGCAAUACUCACAUACCUUGAUGACUAGGUUGUGAUUAGUCUUCAAAUAUAUAUAUUUCUAAUGUGAUAGAUAGGUGCUAAGUGGUAAUGUGUCUGUGAAAUAUUAUGAAUAUGAAUUCCAUUUUCAGGUGGAAUUUUCUUGUAUAGCAUUGAUUACACUAUAUAUAAUUUUCUGGGAUUUGGUUUUAA